GUAAAGACAUGGGAGGGCCACCUGAACUGGACAGCAUGUCCAUCACAAUUGGCGGGGCCAGAUCAUUUGAAGUAUCCCAGCCCCAAUUCACAGUGUCCAUUAGAGAAGGUCCAGAGCACCUCCCCACCAUCCCCACGUGGGACACAUGUUGAGGAACACCUGGGCCAGAACCCAGAUUCUGCCACCCUCCAGCAGAUGCCGCUGCGGGGAGCUGCCCAGUGUCCAGAAGAACCCUUGGGAUAGCUUUACAUCUGGAUUUUCCAAGCAUUUUUUAGGAUUAGUACAGAGGAGGUAACACUCAACCUUGCACAAAGAAGAAAGGGCAUCUCAGACCAAUGCAGUAUGGCAAGGGCACAGCAUGGACAUGGAAGUGCAGAUGAGUGGGAUCCAGCUGGCUGGACUGGAUGAGAUGUGAGCCACCAGCAGUGGCUGGGGUGGGCUGUGUACCUGAGACAGGCAGUGUGCUAAAGACAAGCCUGUCCUCUGGUGUGCAGCAAAAUCUCUCUUGUACCUACCUCACAGGAUAGAGAGGAGGCACCUGCCUCCUUUGGCUAGUUUUUUACUUAAGGCAACUAAGAAUGGGGGUUACUAUACCUUGCUCCUCCUGUAUUGCACAAGAACCUCCAAAGAAAAAUUAGGCAUAAUAAUUUUUGAGGACCAGUACCUAGAUCUUGGUAACUCCUUUCUGAACCUGUUCAGAUGUAACUAUCAGCAGGAGGAGGAGAAGCUAGCUGACCUAUCCCCAGUGAGAGCAAGGCCUGGAAAGCCCGCUAUCCCUGGAGGCAAGGAACCCCUGAGAAGUUGGAGGGCCCAGGGAUGCUUGGGGGUGCUUGCCUGAGUGAGCGGGGGGGGGGGGACCCCCAAGCAAGGGAGGCUUCCUGUGCUCGCCCUCUCACUAAGGAAUAUGGGAUCACUUUCUGGACCCAAGUCUUCUUAUAUGGGAGAAAAUGAGAAAUAGGCCCCACCCAAGUCUUUGCGCUUUGGAGGUAGGUGGCAGAACCACUGAGCUAAAUCCCCUGUCCCCAAGUGUUAUUUCUAAGUGUAUGAUGGAGAGGGAGGAAACCAAAACUAUUAAAAGGAUAUCGUGAGUACAAGGGACUGACUUGCACAGUAAAUGCACAUUCUUAUUCUGCUUUAGGUGACAGGCCCCAACUGGCUGCAUAUUUGAAGGGCACUUUCUUAAAUACAGAUGUGCUUCUAUUUAACCUUACACAGAACUUACGCCCUUGAUAAUGACUCACAGUAUUUCCCAACCUUGGGUACACACAAAAGUUCAUGUACUGCCAUAAUUCCUUCUUGCUGCUUUUAAAAUCUUAAUCAUGAUCUACUAAACUAACUUCUUGACUGCUGGGACACCACUUGCAUUUUUUAAAAACUUGCCCAGGGUGAGUCUCACAAAAAGCCCUGAUUUAAUCCAGCUCACACUGACCUAGUGUAUGUUCCCCACUUUACUGAGGAGGAGUGAAUUGCCCAAGGUCAUGAUGUCCAUCCAGUGCUCUUCAGUUCCAGCUGGGCCUCUUUGUAGAACAGGGGUUUCCCUGGGUAGGAGUGACAUACCCUAGCCUGGCCACUUUCAGAAACAAGACUGAAGAAGAGUUCAAAGACCACUGGAAAGGAAAGAGAAGUUAAUACAAAGCUUAGAGCUUUGAGCCAACUCAGAUCCAUCUCUUUCUGCUGAUUGGUCCCAGAUGGGUCAUCUGCCUCCAGUAGGCCCCACCCCCCAGCAAGUGCCUUACUGGGCAGUCUACUUCUGCUUGCUUUUGUGGGUGUGGUUCCUGAGGUAGAGGGCAGGAAAGAGCUGCUUCGUUCCAGUCACCAACCAUUGGAAGCAGGUCAUUUUUUCCCUGGCUCUGAACAGAGAAAGUCUGUAGCAGGCUGUUCCACUGGCUUCUCCCUAUGGCCCUCAAGGAGGGACUCAGGCUGAGGAAGAGAGUCUUCUGGCGGCUGACUGUACCUGCACUUGGCCUCUUAGUCUUGCUCCUGUACUGGUUCCCUGCUUUCAGGCAGCUAGAAGUCCUAAUCCCCAUGGGUGUCUGCCCUUCAGCCACAAUGGCCCUGCUGAGAGACAACUUCACAGGAGUCCUGCGACCAUGGGACCGACCUGACGUCCUGACCUGUACCUCUUGGAAGACUCCCAUUAUUUGGGAUGGCACCUUUGACCCAGACAUAGCCCAGCAAGAGGCUAGACGGCAGAACCUCACCAUUGGACUGACUGUCUUUGCUGUAGGCAGGUACCUGGAGAAGUAUUUGGCGCGCUUCCUGGAGUCGGCCGAGCAGCACUUCAUGGUGGGCCAGCGUGUGGUCUACUACGUGUUCACCGAGCAGCCCGCCGCCGUGCCCCGCGUGGCGAUGGGCCCCGGCCGCCAGCUGCGCGUGGAGUUCGUGGCGCGCGAGCGGCGUUGGCAGGACGUGUCCAUGGGCCGCAUGCGCACGCUGCAAGAGGCGCUAGAUGGGCGACUGGGCCGCGAGGCGCAGUUCGUGCUCUGCAUGGACGUAGAUCAGCACUUCACUGGCGCCUACGGGCCGGAGGUGCUGGCCGAGUCAGUGGCGCAGCUGCACGCCUGGCACUACCACUGGCCGCGGUGGCUGCUGCCCUUCGAGCGCGACGCGCGCUCGGCCGCUUCGCUGGCGCCGGGCGAGGGCGACUUCUACUACCACGCGGCCGUGUUCGGGGGCAGCGUGGCGGCGCUGCGCCGGCUGACGGCGCACUGCGCGCGCGGCCUUCUGCUGGACCGCGCGCGGGGCCUCGAGGCGCGCUGGCACGACGAGAGCCACCUCAACAAGUUCUUCUGGCUGCACAAGCCCGCCAAGGUGCUGUCGCCCGAGUUCUGCUGGAGCCUGGAUGUCGGUAGGCGGGCAGAGAUCCACCAUCCGCGCCUGCUCUGGGCGCCCAAGGAGUACGCACAGGUGCGCACCUAGCGCCAUCGCGAGGGCACCCCGCCCCGCCCAGCCGCUACCAACCCCUGCACCUUUGCCACGGUUCCAGGGACGCCCUUCUAGAAGCUGCACCGGCAGGUUGGAGGGCGGAGAAAUGUUGGAUGAAAGGAGCCGCGUGCCUGUUUCUCACUUUCACAGGCGACUGCACAGCAGCAACAGGACCUAGGGCAGGCAGUCUGUAGACCUUUGACCUCUGACCUUACUGAAUUUGGCUAAUGCCUCCAGAGCAGAUAUUUUAGCCUCACCUCAACCCCUCUUUUAAGUGAGAAGCCUGUGGCACAAACAGGGAUGUUUGAUCUCGGGUCAUCGUGGUGUCAGCGGUGGAGAGCCAGUCCCACUGCUGGGGGAGGCGGGAUCAUGAACCACAGGGAGAAGCGCGAAAGGCAUCCCUGUCAUGGACUCUUUCUACCUCUCCUGCCCAUAAACAGGGAGUCGGUAGGUAUCUGUAUUGAGUAAUUUUUUUUUUUUUCUGUACUGGAAGUCAAACCCAGGGAUAUUCUGCCAAGUACUCCUGCCUCAGCCUCCCAAGGUGCUAGGUUCACAGGCAUGUGCCCUGUGCCCACCUUUGAGUAAUCUUAUAAUAAAUUGUUGCAAAAUUG